CUAUCAUUUCCAUAUACCCCCUUCGUCACAGGUUUCAAUUGCAAUUUUCGGCAGUUCGAGUUUAAAUAGGACGUUGAACACAGCUUUGGUGUUAUUCUGUUGUUUACUUUCAGUUUUUAGUAGCUGUUAUGUGAUUAAUUAAGAAGAUUAUAUGUGAUAAUAUUGAGAAUAACAAAAUAAGAAUUUAAAAUGGAAUACCGACACAAAUCUGGGGCCGUAAAGAGGAAAGAAAAACAUGAAAGAGAGGAGAAGGCAAAGAAAGGCCAACAGAAGCUGUCUGUUUUCUUUACACAGCCGAAAAAUGUGUCAAAUGAAGAGAAAGAAACUAACAUUGAAAAUGAUCCCUUAAUCUUGCCGGGCACUUCAAAUUCACAAACACCCUCCAACAGCUCAAAUGUUGGUCGUGAGCUAUCCUCACUUAGUAGUAACGAGUUUUUAACUCCAUUACAGUUAGAAGAUCGUGACGAACAGGAUGAGGCAGUGUCAGCGUCUACGAACAUUUUGAGCCAACCAGAAGUUUUUGAUGUAGGUAAUUUGAGUUUGUUACAACUUAGUACUAAAGAAGUUGAAGCUGCUGUCACAAAGGGGCCACAAGCUCAUCCCAACAUGUUUCCUGCAGACUCAACGAGACGGCAAUUUCCUUUAUCUCUGCUUAAAUUUAAACUACCCAAUAAUGAAGUUGUUCCAAGGGAUUGGCUUGUUUGGAGCGAAGUGAAACAGGCUUUGUUUUGCUUUCCUUGUCGGCUGUUUUGUACUCAGACAGAGGUGGUGCGAUCCAAAUUCGCCUCAGUUAGUGGGUAUCCAAAAGAACAUAAAUGGAAAAAGUUGUACGAAAAGAUUCCUGAGCACCAAAACAGCCUUAGCCAUAAAGAAUGUUACUUAAAAUGGAAAGAUCUGGAAUUAAAUCUUAACAAAGGAGGUACUAUAUUUGGUAGCAUUGAAAAACAAUCGCAGAAUGAAAUCACUACCUGGAAACAGAUCUUACACAGAAUCCUUCACGUAACUUUAUUUUUAAGUGAGCGAGGUCUCUUUUUAGAGGAGAAACUCAAAAGGUGGGUCAUCCAAACAACGGGAAUUUUUUGGGCGUGCUAGAACUUUUAGGUCAUUAUGACCCUAUUUUAUCGAAGCAUCUAGAUCAGGUUAAGCAAUCUCAAGAAUCGAAUAAGAGAAUGCAAGUGCAUUAUUUGUCUUGGAGAACUCAAAACGAGUUCAUAGCAAGUUGUGCUGAUUAUGUAAGGAAAGUUAUUGUGGACGAACUCAAGCGAUCUAAAUACUAUUCUAUUAUGGUUGACGCUACACCAGACUCAAGCCAUGUAGAACAGACCUCUUUUGUAUUUAGAUACAUUAUUUUCAAAGAAGA